GCGGGGCGCAGCGCGGGACGAUGCGGACGAGGAUGCACCGGGGGCAGCGAGCGGAGCAGGGCCGGGGGGAGCCGGGACCACCCAGGAAGGCAUCGAGGAGAAAGUGCAUCCUCACUGAUCACCACACCUGAGAGCAGCCCGCGCCGGGCCCGAGGUGACGAUGGCGGCCGAGGGGCUGUGGGGGCCGGGCGGCCCCCCCGGCUGGGAGCUGGACGGGUGGUACCAGGACCUGCAGGAGGUGCUGGCGGCGGAGCCCCCCGGGGCCGCCCCCGCCUGGGGCGCCGAGCAGGGGGAGCCGGGCCCGGGCGGCUGCGGGCUGGACCUGGCUCUGGCCGAGGAGCUGCUGCAGCUGCUGGGGCCGGAGGGAGCGGCUCCGGAGGAACCCCCGGCCGCGGCCCCCGGCGGGAGCGGCCCGGUCCGGCCCGGCCCCGCCGAGGAGGCGGAGGAGGAAGAGGAGGAGAAGGCGCGGGGGUCGCGGAGGAAGCGGCGCGGCGGCGCCGGGGCCCCGCGGCAGCGGGACGGGGAGCGGCGGGUGCGGGAGCUGACGGCGCACAACGAGCGGCUCCGCGCCGAGAUCCAGCGGCUCAGCGCCGAGGUGCAGCGCACCCGGGCCGCGCUCAUCGACCGCAUCGUCAACCUGCGCCAGCUGUAGCGGCUGUCCCGGGACAGG